CUCACUCUCAGGAGGCAGCUGUGGGGAUCACACCCCAAGGGACUCUCCAUAAAGCGGGGAGAGUCUUGAGUCAGGCUCAGAGAGGUCCUCUCCAUGGGAAACACCGGGAGCAGAGAUGACUUCGAGUGGGUCUACACAGACCAGCCCCACACAAGCAGAAGGAAGGAGAUUCUGGCUAAGUAUCCGGAGAUCAAGAAGUUGAUGGGCCCUGAUCCCAACAUGAAGUGGGUGGUGACCCUCAUGGUCCUGACUCAGCUUCUCGCCUGCUACCUGGUGAAGGGCUUGCCUUGGAAGUGGGUCUUCUUCUGGGCCUACGCCUUCGGGGGCUGCGUGAACCACUCGCUGGCGCUGGCCAUCCACGACAUCUCCCACAACGUGCCUUUCGGCAACAACAAGGCCAAGUGGAACCGCUUCUUCGGCAUGUUCGCCAACCUGCCCAUCGGCUUCCCCUAUGCCACCUCCUUCAAGAAGUACCACGUUGACCACCACCGCUUCCUGGCCGUGGAAGGGUUGGAUGUCGACGUCCCCAGCAAGUUGGAGGGAAACUUCUUCAACACCCCGCUGAGAAAGUUCCUCUGGCUCAUCCUACAACCUCUCCUCUACGUCCUGCGACCGCUCUUCAUCAACCCCAAGCCCGUGUCCAAGAUGGAGGUCAUUAACGUGGCUGUCCAAAUGGGCUAUGACCUCCUCAUCUACAGCUUAUGGGGCUUCAAGCCCAUGGUCUACAUGGUCGCUGGUACCCUCUUGGCCAUGGGCCUCCACCCCUUCUCUGGGCACUUCAUCGCUGAGCAUUACAUGUACGCCAAGGGUUACGACACUGUCUCCUACUACGGGCCCCUGAACUGGUUCACCUUCAACGUGGGCUACCACAUGGAGCACCACGACUUCCCCAGCAUCCCAGGAAGCAGGCUGCCACUGGUGAGGAAAAUCGCCCCGGAGUAUUACGACCCCCUUCCCUACCACAACUCCUGGAUCCUUGUGCUUUGGGAUUUUGUUUUCAAAAGGGAGCUGGGGCCCCUAUCCCGCGUGAAGAGGGCCCACAAGGGGGACAAGAAGCGGGAGGGAACUAGUGGCGCGUCUCCCGCCCUCCCACCCCCCACUUCCAAAACCUCCAGUUCUCCCCCCACAUCCCCCAUGAAGGGGGACGGGGUGUGUGAUGAGAAGAGUCACUGA